UAACAAUACACUUAAAAUAUAAAUUAAUUGGUGAAAAUAAAAUCUACCAUUGAUUUCAUUUACUUAGUCAAAAUCAAUCACUUCUAUUUUUGUACGAUUUUACCAAAUAAAAUAAAAUAAAUAGAUCUAUCUAGGCAUGUGAAGCUAAUCUUGUCUAAAAUUCAUUUAUAGAUACAACAUCUAAGUUCACUUCAUCUCUCAAACUUAUAUAUACACCAUCAAUUUCAACAUCCGAAUUGUCAAAAAGGAAAUUAGUUUAUAAUCAUCAAUAUGGAAUCACAUUUCCACCUAGUUCUCAUCCUUCGACUUCUCUUUUUCAUCGGUGGAGAUUGUGCAGUUUUCACAUUGAAAAACAAUUGUAAUGUGACAAUAUGGCCAGGAAGUUUAUCAGGAGCAGGUCAUCCCUUGCUAUUUAGCGGAGGUUUAGAAUUGCAACCAUAUGAGACUACACAAAUUGAUGCAUCUACUGGUUGGUCAGGUCGUUUCUGGGCACGAACCCACUGCCAAUUUGACACAUCAGGUAAAGGGACAUGUGCCACAGCAGACUGCGGCGGAGUACUCCAAUGCAAUGGUGCUGGUGGCACUCCACCAGCCUCAUUAGCAGAGUUCACACUUGAUAGUCCAAUGGAUUUCUAUGAUGUUAGCUUUGUUGAUGGUUUCAAUAUCCCAAUAUCAGUUUACCCUUCAUGUGGAACUGGAAAUUGUUCAAAUAUACAAUGUUCUUCAGACAUAAACUUACAAUGUCCUCAAGAAUUACAAUUGAAAACAUAUGAUGGUACAACUGUUGCAUGUAAAAGUGCAUGUUUUGCUUUUAAUAAACCAGAGUAUUGUUGCACUGGGGAAUUCAACAAUCCCACCACAUGUAAACCUACAGAGUACUCACAAUAUUUCAAGAGUAGUUGUAAAGAUGCUUAUAGUUAUGCUUAUGAUGAUGCAACUAGUAUUUUUACAUGUAAGGGGGCUAAUUAUUUGAUCUCAUUUUGUUGAUUUGAAAUAUACAAAUGGCAAGUUUGGUGGCUACUUUGUUUAGGGUUCUAUUGCACAAGUUUGUGGAUUCAAGAAAUACCUUAUUGAAUAGGGCAAUAUGUGUGGAUGAAUAUUGAUACAUACAUGAAAAUCAUGUGAGUUCAUAAGUGGAAUAAAAAAAUAAUUAUAUUAGUUACUUUUGAAGGAA